AUGGUAGCGCGCGGCAAGAGGAGCGACGCAGCUGUCGAGAAUCGACGACGACAGUUGCAGUUCAAACACGGCCUGAAGGACACGGGCAACAAGCUGCACGACCUCGCGUAUAUCGAGGACCACCCGUCGGAGAAUUCGUCGGGCGCCAUCGAGGAGGCGAAGAAGGAGGUCUUAGAUCAGAUCAUAGACCUCGAGCGUACGAGGCAGGAGAUCUCAGAGCGCAAGGCGAUCGAGCGCAUGGGCGAGCAGAUCCGAGGAGCUACGCACGCGGGAGGAGCCGCACCAGGUCUCGUCGACACGAAGGGGAUCGGCAAGCCCACGACGCUAGGCGACGAUCAGGAGAAGUUCGGAGCUUGGAACCGCAAGAUGGAGAACUACGUGAUAGGCGUGUACGGAGAGAGCUUCCGUCCUGUUCUCCGGUGGGCGGCAGAAGCCGAACGCCCCGUGACGAUCGAAGGGGCACAGGAGGCGCACGGAGGAGUACCAGAGCUGGUGACCAAGAUCAACCAGCUGUACGCGGCGCUGAUCAGCACGACGGCGGACGGCAGCGAGAGCAACGACCUCGUGACGGGCGCGCCCGACGGGAACGGUCUCGAGGCCUGGCGGAAGCUUCACCGCAGGUGGGACCCGACGACAGGUCCGAGGAAGAGGCUGAUCCUGAGGUCGAUCAUCUCGCCUCCGAAGUGCAACGCGGAAGAGCUGGGGUCCGCCUUAGAGAAGUGGAUCCAGCAGAUAGGCAAGUACGAACGCCGCCAAGGAGAAGACGGGCUGGCCGAGCUGCCGGAGGAUAUCAAGAUGGCGGCCCUCGAGAUGCUCGUGCCUCAGGACAUCGAGAACCACCUCGUACUCAACAAGCAUCGGCUCGUGACGUUCCAGGACAGCCUGAACGAGGUAAUGACGAUCGUAGAGGCUCGGACAGGCGUGAAGAUCAAGGAGCCAUCGAUCCGCGCACGGGCGCAUCAUCCGGACGACAUGGACGUCGGAUCGUUCGGAGCCCCGAAAGGAAAAGGCAAAGGCAAGGGCAAGGACGGCAAGAGCAAAGGGAAAGGCAAGACCCAGGAGCCGAAGGGGAAGAGCAAAUCGACGAGCGGAUCAUACUCAGGGGGCAGCCGCGGUGGCAAGGCCGGCGGCAAGGCGGCAGGCAGCCUGGAGGAGGAGCCUGAAGCGGAGGUCGCCGCUCUGGACAUGGGCAGCUUGGACUGCCUGGAGCUCGCCAGCGGCAACGGCCGCGGCGUAGCUGCGGUCGACCUCUCCCCCUUCGUGCAGGACGACUGGAUGAAGUUCAACUGGGACAGCGGUGCAGCUGUCUCAGCAUUCCCGCGGAGCUUCGCGCCGCCGACGGGAAUGAAGGGCAACGGCAGCACGUAUCGUACGGCCAGUGGUGAGCUCGUCCCGGACGAGGGCAGCUUGCAGCUCAAGGCGGAGGACGAGUACGGAGUGCUACGAGCACUCAAGGGACGCGUGACGAACGUGCACAAGCCGUUGAUCUCGGUGGGGCAGGCAGCAGGAGCUGGACAGUGUUCAUUCCUAGGCCGCAAUGGCGGCUGGAUAUUCCACGAGAAGAGCCCAAUCGGCAAGCGCGUGGUAGGCAUGCUGGAGAAGGAGGCGAAGACGGCGAAGCACCAGAUGCUGCCGGUCUAUCGUGAGCAGGGCGUCUACAACUUCUACCUCAAGAAGGGCCAACAUGGCUCGGUUGCUCCUCUCGAGGAGGGAUUUUCGGCGAAGUCGAAGUCCGAGCUGGUGGAGCUACUCAGCGGCAAGUCGAAGGAGGAGCUGCUGGAGAUCCUCGAGAGGACAGUUUUCAGCCAGCAGCAGCUGCGGCGGCUGACGCUUUGCCAGCUGCUCCUGAUGGACAGCAGGGUGCUGAAGGCACCUCAUGAGCCCUCUCAGAGGGAGAUCGCCGAGCACGAGGACGACGAGACGGCGGUGCCGGUGGUCUCGUCCGAUUACGCCUUCAUGGGCCAGGACGAUGCGGACACCAUACCGAUGCUGGUCCUUAGGGAUCGACGCUCGAAGAUGAUGGCAGCGACAUUCGUGGAGAAGAAGGGCGACGACGCCUACGCCAUCAAGUUCUUCGCACGCUUCUUACGGAUCCUGGGCUACAGGAAGAUCGUCAACAAGUCCGACGGCGAGCCAGCGAUCUUGCUGGUCAAGAGGCGCGCGGUGGAGGAGGUUCCUGGCCUCGAGGCCAUUCCCCAGGAGUCGGCACCGGCCGAUCAUCAGGCCAAUGGGGAGAUCGAGGUCACGGUGCGCGAGAUCAAGAAGCAGGUGCGAGCGCUCAAGAUGGACCUGGAGUCCAAGCUGGGCGUCAAGGUGGAGGACAAGCACCCAGUGCUAGCGCACCUGCCGGAGCACGCCGCAUCGGUGAUCAACCGAUACAGGCGCGGCCAGGACGGCAAGACCGCUCUUCAGCGGCUCACGGGACGGCAGUGGAGGAAGCCGGUCCCGCUCUUCGGUGAGCGCCUGAUGGUGCGGUUCGCCGGGGAGCGCACGAGGAAGAACGCGCUGGAAGAGCAGAUGGUGGAGGCUCGCUACAUCGGCCACCACCCGCGCGACGGCUCGAUGAUGGUCAUCACGAGCGACGGUGUGAAGAAGGCGGUCGGCUUUCGCAGCCUGCCGCAGAGCGAGAAGUGGAUCACGGCGGGCUGGGACAGCCUGAAGGGCCUGCCGUGGGACGUGGCUCCGCGUGCGGCCAGUGCGCCGCGAGCCAUCGUCGGACCGGGAGAGGCCGGUCCGCCACCGAUUGUGGUGGUGCCGCCGCAGCCGCAGGCGCCGAGGAGGAUGUACGUUCUCAAGGCGGACGUCGAGCGGCUGGGCGCAACGCCGGGAUGCCCAGGGUGCGUCUCGAUCGCCAAGCACGGCAAGGUGCUGGCUGGCCAUGCGCACAACGCGGUGUGCAGCAAGAGAAUCUUCGAAGCGCUGGACGCUGAGGAGGCAGGCCAGAGUCCGCCCAGCGGCAGCGGCCGCGGCAGGGACCCCUCCGCCGAAGACGGCUCGGAGGAUCACCGAGCCGGUGGCAGCGGCGGCGUCGGCGCCGGCCGCGAGCCGAUCGGCAGCAGCGCCGGCUGCAGCGGAGCGAGCUCCAGUUCGGGAGCAGUGAGAGCGGCAGAGGCCGCCGAGGAUGUCGACAUGACCGCGACCAGGUCGCGGCUGAAGCGCUUGGCGGAGGUGGCCCCGGAUGACGUGCCGGAGGCCCUCGAGCGCGGUGAUCCACAGCCGGCAGACGUGCCGGUACCGGUGGACAUGGAGGAUCUCGCGGCGCAGCCGGCGCCAGCGGAAGGACCUCAGCUGCCAGCUGGAGUGGCAGUCGUGUGGAACGCCAGUGAGGGGAGACACAUGCGGGUGCUCGCUCUCGACGUGGCGUCGAUCGAGCUGGUCGAGCUCGGAGUGCUGACGAGGGCGAAGGCGGAGUUGCUCCCGCUCGUUCGCGAACAGGUCAGCGGCCAUUGGGCCAGUGUCGGCGUGGACAUCGCCGACGAGGAGGUGGACAGCAUCGCCUUAUCGGCGUUGCAGCUGGGCGCCGUGGACGUGGCAGAAGUGCACUCGCCACAUCGGUUCUCGGCUCGGGCGGCGGAGUUUCAGUUGCGCCCGGGCUUCGCGGCGGACCUGGAGGAACUCAAGGAGGACGGGGCGCCAUGGGACUUGCGGCGACCCGAGGAUGUCAAGGAGCUCGAGGAGCAGCAGGAGCGGAUGGAUCCCAUCCUGCUCACGGGGUCCCCUCCAUGCGAGAAGUUCAGCUUGCUGAGGGGCCUGAGCGCCAAGUUCAGGACCGACGAGCAGGAGGCGGCUGAGAUGGAGGAGGCCAGACACCACCUGAAGGUGGCAGUCGACGCCUACUGGCGUCAGCUCAGGAAGCCAGGCAGGUACUUCCUGCAUGAGCAUCCCUGGAGCGCGCGAUCGUGGAAUGAGGACAUCGUCAAGGAGCUGGUCGCGCAUCCAGGAGUCUUCACGGUCAAAGGCCCCAUGUGUCGGUGGGGCAUGAAGCUCACGAACCCACGCAGUGGCCAGGAGGAGUUCGUGCGCAAGGAGACCGGGUGGGUCACCAACCACCCAGGCUUAGCCCGGAGACUGCAGGGCACUUGCAGCAAUGUGGACGGCCGCGCGGAGUGGCAUCGCCACAUCACGCUCGUGGGCGGCAUCGCGCGGUUCGCGAAGGUCUAUCCACCGAAGUUGGUGGAGGCGGUGCUGGAGGAGCUCAAGGACACGCUGAAUGACGUGGGGGAGCUCAGCACCGCCCAGGUGCAGCAGUCGGGCCCAGUCCCUGUGGACGCGGCGGUGCCGCCCGGGGACUGGACGAGCUAUUGGGACGACGUCAAUGGCGGCUACCUGGAGGCGGGCCUUGUGGCCCAGGCUCGCGCGGUCGAGCGCGAGUGGGUCAAGAAGCAGGAGCUGAUCGAGAUCGUCCCGAGGAAGGGCAGGAAGCCGGGCAACUUCAAGAUCGGCUUCUUCGACAUCAGCAGGGCGCACUUCUACGGGAAGGCGCAGCGGAGGAUCUUCGUGGAGCUGGAGGAGGAGAGUCGCAAGGAGUACGGCGAGGACAAGUGUGGCUUACUCCUCAAGUCCUGGUACGGCACGCAGGACGCCAGCAAGAUCUGGCAGGGCGACUACACGGAGCUGCUGGAGGAGCACGGCUACAAGGCGGGCGUAUCGUGCCCAGCGGUCUUCUACAAGGAGGAGGACGAGACGAGGCUGCUGGAGCACGGCGACGACUUCGCGGUGCUGGCUCAGCAGCAGGACAUCGACAGCUUCGAGGCCACGUUGGGCAAGAAGUACGAGUUCAAGAAGACUGCGAACCUCGGCUUCGACGAGGGCGACGACAAGCAGGCGGUCUUCCUGAAUCGGGUCAUCGAAGUCAGUGCGGGAGCUCCGCCUGGCGGUGGCCGGCCCUGCCGGCAUGCGAUGAUCGAGCCGGACAAGCGGCACGCAGAGAUCGUGAUCGACGAGCUGGGUCUCAGCAAGGCCAACGGCGUGGACACGCCGAUGGAGAAGCGCAGCGCCGACAAGCAGAUGAUGGAUGCCAAGUCGGCGGCGCUGGGAGCAGCGGAAGCUUCGCGCUUCCGAUCCCUCACUAUGAGGGUAGCCUACCUGUCUCAGGACAGGCUGGACUUGGCAGAGGCAUCGAAGACGCUCGCUAGGUCCAUGCAGACGCCGACGGAGGCGAGUUGGCUCAUGCUUAAGAGGGUUGGCCGCUACCUCAAGCGGCAUCCCAGUACGGUGACGGUCUUCACGGAGCAGAAGAUGUUCGACAAGAUCCGGGUGUACGUGGACUCCGAUCAUGCGGGCUGCGCAGUCACUCGGAAAAGUACUGGAGGCUUCGUGGCGAUGCUGGGGCAUCACGUCAUCAAGCACGGCAGUAAUCUUCAGUCGACGGUCUCUCUGAGCAGUGGGGAGAGCGAGUACUACGCCCUGGUCAAGGGCGGGAGCGUGGGCCUGGGUCUACACAGCCUCUUCGCAGACUGGGGGCUGGACCUGAAGGUGGAGCUCGCCUCAGACUCAUCGGCGGCCCGGGGCCACGUCCAACGGCGAGGUCUCGGGAAGAUGCGACAUGUUCAAUCACGAUACCUGUGGAUCCAGGAGCGCGUGGGCAAGGGCGACCUCUCGAUUGCCGCGGUUCCUGGUAAGAACAAUGUCGCGGACGUGCUGACCAAGAGCGUGGGUGGAUCUCUCUUGAGGAGACACAUGGCGACGCUCAACAUCUGGGAUCGGGCACCGAGUUCGACCCAGAAGGAUAUCAAGUGA